CAGCCACCCCACGCCAGCCACGCCACGCCUGCCCCUUCAUGUCCCUCAGCAGUGGGGUGCUGUCUGGCGCAGCCAUGGGGACCCUUGGGAUCUGCUGGGGCAGGGAUCCUUAGUGACAGGGAUCCUCCCUAACCUGAAUUCACGGGGAUGAGGGCCCUUGAGACAGGGAUCCUUUGGGAUGGGGAUCCUUAGGAACUGGGCAUCUUUGAGGACAGGGAUCCUUUGGGACAAGAUCCUCAGGGAUGAGGGUUCUUUGGGACAGGAUCCUUGGGGAUCCUUUGUGACAUAGAUCCUUGGGAAGUGAGGCCUUUGGGGCUGGAGACCUUAAGGGUGAGGACCCUGGGAAUAGAUAUCCUCAGGGAAGACGGUCCUCAGCAACAAGGAUCCUUGGGGAUGAGGACCCUCAGAGAUGGGAAUGGUUUGGGACACAGACCCUUGGGGACGAGGAUCCUUGGGCUGAGGGAUUCUUUGAGGCAGAAUCCUUAGGACAGGGGUCCUUGGGGGUGGGGACCCCGAGGAUGGGAUCCCUGGGGCUGGGGACACGAGGGACAAGGGUCCUUAGGGGCAGGGGUCCUUGGGGAUGGAGACCCCAGGGAUGGGGUCCUUGGGAAUGGGGACAUGGGGGACAAAGGUCCUUUGGGGCAGGGGUCCUUGGGAAUGGAGACCCCAGGGAUGGGGUCCUUGGGAACAGGGACCCGGGGGACAAGGGUCCUUGGGGACAGAGUCUUUGGGGACAGGGUCCCUGGGGCCGGGGACCCGGGGCCGGGCAGCGCAGGCCGGAGCGGCCCCGCCCGCCGCGCUCUGCUGUCCCUCGCGGCGCCCCGUCGGGCCGGGUCACGUGGUUCACCUGGCCCAGGUGAGGCGGGGCCGCGCGCCGCUCCCUGGCUCGCAGGAAAUCCUAUCCUCUGAACCAUGAAGAUCUUAGACCCCGGCUAACUCUUGGACGUGCGAACUGUGAAUCCCUCCUCGCCCUGCUGAGGCAGAUGCAGAAGUUCUUUAGAAGGAUCUUCGCUAUCGACACGUGGUGCCUGCCUGAGACCAGAGACGGCUCCUGGCGACCCUGUGCCUGAGCGGUGAGCCAUGCUGGGCCGGAAAACGGGACUCCCCCAGGACCUGAACAGCCACCGCCAGCUGAACCAGUCCUGCCAGGAGGCUGUGCCCCUGCAGACCAGAGCGGCCAAGGAGACGGAUGUCAGUUUGGAGGUGUUCAGCGGUUCUACGCCUGAGAUCAAACAGAGCCGCACCAGAGCCCAACAGACGCGGGACAGGAAAGGUCGCAAAGCUGAGCUCAAAGACUCCAACGGGAGAGAGGCAGAAACAAUUACCUUUAUUUCUGGUACAGCAGAAGCUCCCCCAAACCAGAGCUUUUGCUGUUUCUCUCUGUCUCGGGCCUGGAACACAUACAAGGCUGUUUUCUGUUGUAUAGUGACCUGUGGGGGCUGUUUUCAGGACUGCAGUGUCUGUAUCCCCUAUCCAGGGCCCACCGAGACCUCCACUGAUGAUGGAAAGAACGGAGAUUAUAAUGGGCGACUGCCCAACAGCCCUGCCAACGUCUCUCCCACUGAGAAGAAUGGGAACCAGAUCAAAAAGUCCAGCAUGGGUAGCAGUUUCAGUUACCCCGAUGUGAAACUGAAGGGCAUUCCUGUCUAUCAAAACAGGAGCGCCAGCCACCACUUGGAGUCCGAUUCAUGCUGCAAAGAGCUGCUGCCAGAGAAGCCCUUCAGGAACAGCAUAGAAAAGCCAACACUCCCCAGCAGCCACCGCAGUUCAGAGGAGUAUUAUUCCUUCCACGAGUCUGACCUGGACAUCAGCGAGCUGAACGGCUCCAUGUCCAGCAGGGAGAUCGAUGUCCUGAUCUUCAAGAAACUGACAGAGCUCUUCAGCGUCCACCAGAUCGAUGAGCUGGCCAAGUGCACGUCAGACACUGUCUUCCUGGAGAAGACCAACAAGAUCUCAGACCUCAUCAAUAGCAUAACUCAGGACUACAACCUGGACGAGCAGGAUGCUGAAUGCAGGCUGGUCCGAGGCAUCAUCCGCAUCAGCACCCGGAAAAGCAGGGUCCGGCCCCAUAUUUCUGUCCCAGUGAGCCAGAGCCACGAGGAGAAGUCCAGCAGAGGCAACGCACCAGACAGCGGUAAUGAGACGAUGCUGGAGUCCAUGGUCAUCAGCCAGGAUGAUCUGGCCGUGCAAAUAUCGGAAGAAACACCAGCAGAUGUGAUAGCCAGGAAUAUGAGGCGGCACAGCAGUGCAGGCUCUCCAACAAGCAGAGAUUCCUCUUUCCAAGACACAGAGACUGACUCAUCUGGGGCACCUCUGCUUCAGGUGUAUUGUUGAGGGAAAGGACCCAAGCAGCAGGCAGGCGUUCCAAGGCUUUGCUGCAAUCGGAUGUCUCCUCUUUCAAGACGGAGUGUGCUAUGCCACGUUCCCCCCCUACCCCCAGUCUACCCUGAUCCUUUGUUGAAGCCAAAUUUCUCCCGCUGUCUGAAUUUCACUGGAUUUUUUUUUUUUUUUUUUGGACAAUAUAGAACAUCAAGGAAGUGAACUGUGGAACUAAUGAACUUGGGAGGUGGAAUGUACCCAGGGAGGAGAAGAUGAACAAGGAAGUAUCAGAUAACUUGUGCCUCUAUCAUUUCCGUACUUCACGUUUAGCUUCAGCAACCUGAGUGGUCCAGCCCUUUCCCUGCUUUGAGGAUCUGUCGUAUACAGUUCUUGCUUUCUGGCAUUGCCUAAGUUAAUUUGGGUAGGGAGUAACUGGAUGGUGGCUCUGCGUUGGUGCUGAUGCUGAGGUGAAGGUCAAGCACCUGAUCUCUAGGGAUCCAAAUCUCUAUUUAAAGUGGCUGGCUUGGUCCCAAAAACGUAAGUCCUCUCUCCAUGGUGUUUGCAGUAGCCAGAUCUGCCUUCUUCCUACUGACAGCACUGUGUCGUCAUCUGCUGCCUUGUAAGGAGAAGGUUCAGGUAAUGUGGUUCUUUUAAUCUUUGGCCUCUUGGCAUGUCUCCCACGGUAGUGCCCAGCUGCAGAGGGGUGGGAUGCCUGGACAGCUGCCCCCCUCUCGCCUCCCGAGCGGCCCAUGGGGAUCAGCUUUGCAGUCACUGCCAGUCUGAUGUGAGCUGCAGGCGUGCGGUGUUACCAGCUGCAGGCAUUGCCCCGUGACUUGCGUGCCUCACCUGCCAAGCCCGCUGCAUUUCCCCGGCACGCUUGGGGCCAUGCUGACUGCUGGGCAAGCCUUGAACUGGGGUUAUGACAGGUGAGGAAAAAUAGUUGGUUCAUUUUUAAGUUUUUGUAAUUAAGAAUUGGGCUGUUUGACUGUUCUGCUAGCCACUUUUAAGGGAGUUUCUUGCUUCAAAAGGAAAACCUCCCCUGGGAAUGUCUCCAGGGAGUCUGUGAGGAACGGAUAGGUCCUGCCUUUCCCCUGUGGGUGCUCAGCACCUUCUCCUUCCCGUGGCUCCUCUCUAACAGCCAGGCAGAAGCAGGAGAUGUGGUGUCACUGCCCUGAGGGCACCGUGCCAGGCGACCUUGAGGGCUGCAGCAUUGCAGCAGGAGGAAGCCCUAUCUUACUGGUAUUGCCACUUGGUUGUUUAUCACAAAGUAAAUAUGUGAAGCCAUGGGACUUCGAGUACCUUCGAGUGCCCUUGGAUGUGAAUAGAAAACACGCUUAGUUGAAUUUACCAGCCACAGAAUAAACACACCCAGGUUUUUUGGGGAGAGGGAAACCAAAAUAGGCCCUGUGCGUUGGUGUGGACCAUGUUUUUGUGCCUUAAUUGAACAGAAAUGUGCCUUUAUUUCAUAGCCUGUGAUUGCUCUUCAAAAAGCUGAGUAGGGGGGAAAGGAUUUAAUUCCCUAUAUGAGCAGUCAGCGUUAUUUAACCAGCCAAAGCCCUUUGAAAUGUACAGUUCAAGUCCCUGUUGGAGCCUGUUUUUGUAAAUUGCACGCUUUCAUAAAUCACAAACGUUACUGAGACCACACCUUGAGACACUUGAUGGGAGAGAGAUUUCGAAAAUAAAAGAGGAGGGUCUGAGACUUGGAUUUGGUUUCCCCUCCCUACUUUGUUUUUAAAGUUGUUGGUUUGUGGAAAAACCCAUUUAUGCAAGGAAGAGACUUGAAGCAAGUCCAGGCCGGGACUCCAAGAGGAACUGUGGUCACCUCCUUCCGAAUGCCACACGUAUGGAUGGACCCGUUUGGCUUCCUGCUUCUGAAUGGAUUUGUACAUACGUACUGGGACAAGUUUACUUCAACCUGUGCACUGAGGCGUCAGCAUGGGUCACGCUGACAUGUAGCUCUGUGGUCCGGGCACUGGAGCUUUGGAGACGAGGGGUGAGGAUGGACUUGCAAAGAGCUGCCAAUUGCUAUUACAGAUGCAAUAGUAUGUUUUUGAUGUUUAGUCUGUGUACGAAGUGUGAAUGUGUGUGGAUUAAGCUUGCAAAAAAAACCAAACACCCCAAAAACUCACUCAGAGGAAGACUGUCAAUUUGAUGGUCCCUGAAGCUGGUGCACCUGUGGUGUCUUACGGGAUUCUUUUGCACUCCUUGGCCUUAAAUGUCUGAUUCAGUCUUUUUUUAUAAAGCAAAAGUUGUGUCUUUA